CUGCUUUAGUCUGCAUUCCUGAAAUGCCUUACUCCUGGCACUGCGAUUAACAGCUUCAGGUUCACUGCCUGCCACCCGCUCCCGGCUCUCCGUGCCCUCGGAUGCUGCCCGGGGUAGCAGGAGAGCGCAAAGCGGGUGGUCAGACUUUGUCUCCAAGGUCACAAGCUUUGCACACCUGUAACCAUCAUUGAGGAUGUCGUGUUGGAGUCAUGAACAGGUUGGCGCCAAGAAAACCUUGAAAUAUGCCCCGGAUUUAUUCAUCAUAUUAAAUUGACCACUAGUCCACGGGGUUGUUUCCAUUCUGUCCUCAUCUGAGCCGUUCCCGCACAUGGUGCGUGCCGAGGUCUGGCUGAGCGGCAGCGAGCGCAGCCAUGCAUCAGCUGUUUGGGCUGGUUUUGGCACAAAAGGACCUUUCACGUGCAGGGGAUCUUUUCUCCUUAGAGGAUGCUGAAAUCGAAGGAAGCCUUUCAGAAGCUCUUGAACAAAUAAAAAUAAUUAGUUCAUCUGCGGACUACCAGACCAAUGACAACGACCAGGCUGUGGUGGAAAUCUGCAUCACUCGCAUCACCACGGCCAUGAGGGAGACGGCGUCCAUAGAAAAACACGGGAAGGCCCUCGUGGCACUCUGGGAGUCAUGUCUUGAGCACAACCUCAAGCCUUCUGGAAAAGAUGAGGACACACCACAUGCAAAAAUUGCAUCUGAUAUCAUGAGCUGCAUCUUACAGAAUUACAAUCGACCUCCAGUAAUGGCCUUAGCUGUUCCAGUGGCAGUGAAGUUUCUUCAGAGAGGCAAUAAGGAGCUGUGCAGAAAUAUGUCAAGUUAUCUCUCCUUGGCUGCAAUUGCUAAAGCAGAUCUGCUGGCUGAUCACACAGACACCAUUGUCAGAAGUGUCCUCCAAGGGAACUCGCUGCUGCUGCGUGUCCUGCCUGCUCUGUACGAGAAGCGGCCGCAGGCGAUAAACCUCCACCUGAGAGAGCUGGUGGCACUGAUGGCUCAGCUGGAUCAAGCCGAACACCACCACCUCCUCAGGCUCCUCCAGAUCGUGGCUAGGAAGAAAGAACUGGGGGUGCUGAAAGAGUGUAUUCCAUUUCUGUUUGGACACUUGAGAGACCCUAGCCACAGUGACAUUAUUCUAAACAUACUUCUAGAAAUAUCCAGCUAUGAACCGACAGCCUUAGCCCCUUUUCUUCCAAUGCUGAAAGAAAUUGGUGAGAGUUUUCCAGGUUUGAUUGGGCAAACAGCAAAGGUCUUUGGAGCUGUUGGACAUAUUGAUGAGGAGCAAGCCAGAAUAUGCCUGAUGUAUUUAGUGAACCAGCUGGCCAACAUGGAGCACUCAUUUCACCAUAUUCUUUUGCUGGAAAUUAAGAGUCUCACCGACACCUUCUCGAGUAUCUUGGGCACCCAGAGCAGAGACAUCUACCGCAUGAGCAACAGCUUCACUGCCAUCGCCAAGCUCCUCGUCCGACAGCUAGAGAAUGACAACGCGGCAGGAGCUAGAAUGGAAAAUGAUACUGAAACAGAAUCUCCUGUACCACUGGAUGAUUUAAAAUCUGUUAUGAGUGGAAAUGAAGAAGAUGAAAAGCUUCAAGUUAAAAUACAGGCUUUUGAAGAGAAAAUAAAUGUUGACAACAGUACUCCUGGCUCAGUGCGGAGAUACAGUUUAGGCCAGGUUUCUAAAGAAGAAAGGAAGGAUAUGAGAUUUAACAGAUCCAAAAGCCUCGCUUUGCAUGCAGUCCGCGUGAAGGGGGUACACUCGGAGAGUGGACAGGACGAGGAGAACGGGGAGAUAACUGCUGGCAUCUCCUUCACCGAGAUCUACGUUAGCCAAGAAAAUGACAAAUUGCCUUUUAGUGUUGAUCAUGAAGCAAUGCAACUGGGAAAUACUUUGGUUUCACACCAAAGUAUCGAUUACCCAGAAUCUGCAAAUUUGUCAGAAACUACGAAAGAAAAGGCCCUCGAAGGAAGCACAGAGGCAGUGAUGAGCCCCGUGGAAUACCAGGACAAGCUCUACUUGCACUUGAAGGAAAACCUGGGUAAAGUGAAAGCAUAUGUCACCGAGAUGGGGAGGAAAAUUCCUGUCCCUGAUCAGUGUGUUAUUGAAGAUGCUGUUAGAAGUUGUGUAGCAAAGCUGUUUUUCAGCUGUCCCCUGAAGGGCCAUUACUGCUUGUACAGUAAAUCCAGCUUUACCCUCGUCAGCCAGCAGCCUCCGCUGUGGAUCCACAUCAUGUUCCUCUUUCAGCAGAGCUUGUUUGCAGAACCUUUGUCCAUACAGAGUAAUUCUGUUCAAGUCCUUAAGGCCCUGUGGGAGAAGACACAGCUCAAGGGGACACACAGUUUUGAAACUGCCAUGAUCCAGUCAACAUUUCCACACCAAAAGGACCUGGACCACGUGCAGAUGCACCUGGAAGAAGUGAGGUUCUUUGAUUUAUUCGGCUACAGCGAGGAAGCGGGAGCUUGGCAAUGUUUCAUGUGCAAUAACCCCGAAAAGGCAACAGUUGUAAAUCAGGAUGGCCAACCUCUGAUUGAAGGCAAGCUGAAAGAGAAGCAAGUCCGCUGGAAGUUUAUCAAAAGGUGGAAAACUCGGUACUUCACCCUGGCUGGCAACCAGCUGCUUUUUCGGAAAGGAAAAUCUAAGGACGACCCCGACGAAUGCCCCAUCGAGCUCAGCAAGGUGCAGAGCGUUAAAGUGGUGGCGAAGAAGCGCAGGGACCGCAGCCUGCCCCGGGCCUUUGAGAUCUUCACCGACAGCAAGACCUACGUUUUCAAGGCCAAGGACAAGAAGAACGCCGAGGAGUGGCUUCAGUGCAUCAACGUCGCCGUCGCCCAGGCUAGAGAGCGGGAGAGCCGAGAGGCCACCACCUACCUCUAGAGCCACUGGCACCGCCGCGCCGUGCCGGGGACCUCUUUCACCUCCAACAGCCCCGCCGGCCCCUGGACCACGGGAAUCUGUGGGGAAAACCACGAGUUAGGAGGAGCCAGGGAGAGCUUUGUGCCGCGGGAGAGGUCUGAGGCCUCGGUGACCCUACCAGGGGAUGGAGUGCCGCCGUGCAGGAGCACUCCCGGCACUGGGGCGUUGGCUGGUGCGGAAGCAGCUUCUGCAUCCACGUGGGAAAUGCAGGUUUUUAAACUAACGGCCUGCAAGGAGACAGGGUUAGAAACAAACCCAGACCCCAACCCCUCAGCCUUUGCCUCUGGGGUACACAAGGUCUCAGGGCUGCGGAUGCGGCAAGAGCAUUCGAGUGCAUACGGACUUUCUGCUUUCCUCAAUCACCUUCUGUCUGUAAAAAGAUCAUUUUCCUUCUUAUUUAAUCUCAGCGUACUUCAUCCUUUUACUGUUUAUACGUGUCUGUGGAAAAAAAAUCAAAAUUCGCUGCUUCUUUCAGGUUUAGAUUGAGCAAUUUUAAAGAUUUAAUACUGCUGAAAAAAAAAAAUAUUUAACUGUUUUGAUCUUCCCUUUUUCCUGCUUUUUUUCCCCUUCAUAACUGAAUGUAAUUUUAAAAAAUUAUUUUCCUUUCAUUUUUUUAAUUGUCGUCUCUGUUCUGUAACUUUUCAAAACUUCUCCAAAAUCAGAAAAUUCCAUUUGUUUGAUUUUCUUUGUCACUCUCAAAUGGUUCUAAAGUGAAGGAAGUAAUGUAGAAAAAGCUCAAAGGAAAUGAGGAAAAAAGGGGGGGAAAUGAAUGAAAAGUCUGCAAAUGAAGAAAUGGACUUGGAGAUCAUUUAAGGCUGAGUAGAAAUAAAAUCUUAAAUUUUCCAACCUAGAAAAAUGUAUCCAUUUUAAAUUUUCCAACCCAGACUAAAAGUUGUUGCCAAAACGGGGGAUUUAAGAGGGGGAAAAUUCAGGAAAAUAAUUAACUGUAAUGCUUUUUACUGUGACAUGUAGCUUCUACUCGGUAGCAGAAGGAACCCACGGCUUUUCUGAGAGUUUCCUGCAGAGCACAGCGGUACAAUCUGCU